CACCUCCUUAUCCACCUGACGCGCUUGCUAUAUCUAUACCGGUCUCAUACCCCCGCAUACGCUUCACCUGGACAUGUUGAAUGAUCAAAGGCAUCGCAUCAACGCUGUUACUCCCACUACUAUUACAGCAGCACCAGCGGAUGAUGAUGAUGAUCAUGAAGGCCCCAGCGACAACGACGAAUUCCGCGACAUCUAUCCACUAGCUACCCCCUCCUACACCAGCCGAGGCCGCCGGAGGGAGAUCUGGGACGGCGGCAGCAACCCAUCGUCCUCCCUCUCGGUCAGGAGUGACGCCGCCGUCGUUGAGAACUUCACUACUAUGAGCAGGGAGUUCAGCGCCAUGGUCGUCGCCGGCUCCACCAUGCAUAACGACAGCAACAGUAGCAGCAGCAACAACAACAACGUCGAUGGCGGGCAGAACCAGCUGGUGAGGAUAGGGGAAGACGCUCUGGAGGAGACCAACCCCCUGGCUAUCGUCCCCGACAGCAAUCCCAUCCCGUCCCCCCGCCGCCCGCCGCCGGGUGGAGACUCCGCAGCGGCCGAUUCCGUUGACGAGCUCGCAGUGCACCUGGUAAUGAAGGAGGAGGUGGAGUCAAGGAUAUCGGCGUGGCAGACCGCGGAGGUGGCCAAGAUCAACAACCGGUGCAAGCGCCAGGAGGUGAUCAUCAACGGGUGGGAGAGCGAGCAGGUCGAGAAAGCCAGUGCUUGGUUGAAGAAAGUCGAGAGGAAGCUGGAUGAGCAGCGGGCGAAGGCGAUCGAGAAGAUGCAGAACGAUGUGGCGAAUGCGCACAAGAAGGCGGCGGAGAAGAAGGCGUCGGCGGAGGCAAAGAGGGGAACCAAGGUGGCCAGGGUGUUCGAGCUGGCGAACUUUAUGAGAGCUGUGGGCAGAGCUCCUUCCAAACGCUCCUUCUUCUAGUUCCACAUACUUCAGGUUCAAUAUGCUGCACCACCUUUUACUCACUACUUCCUCUUGUUUGUGAUAGGAUUGUGAGGUUUGUGUGAAAUUUCAGAUGCAGACUGCUGUUCUUUAUAUGUGAGAAUUUGCAAGUCUGAAUGCUCGUUUGUGUUGUAAUAUAAUGUCAUAUACUUUGUGAAAUAAGACCAGUGCAGUCAGUUUCCACAUUGUA